AUGGCCCACUCUCAACCGCAACAUUGGGGUCGGCCUCAAGCUGGUCGACCUCAAGCUCCUCGACCGCGGUUCAACAGCCUCGGCCUACGUCGCAGCGCUGCCCCAACCACGAAGAUUGCUACUACGGCCAAGUCAUCCGACAACCGUCUCUCUCCUUUGGACACAUUUCGAGCAAUGAUCGAGGAGUCGGGGCCCAACGUCGAUAUGUACGCUCUGUGCGAUAGAUGCGGACGAGUCCUCAAAGUUCCGGUACCAAAAGAAUGGCUUGAAAGACUAGAAAGAGAGAAAGAUCGAUAUCCUCUCCCUUCAAACCUUACACCUCGAUCCUGGCAAGCGUAUCCAGGGGAUACUCAUCUCCGUAUCUCUUCACAGGUUUGCCCUGGUAAUGAAAAUGGCACCUGCCUCACCAAGCGCACUCACGAUGAUAUAAAGACCUGGGGAGAACUCAAGGCGUUGCCGGAAACAUCACCUGAAGUAGACCAGGAAUGGCUUCAACUUGACCUUCCGUCAGCUGUGGGAUACCUGGCGGCCCCAGACUGGCAAGAAAAACUCCAAUCCGCAGUGAUCAAUGCUUCCAGAAAUGAUCCCCCGGAGUCCAGGUUGAGCAAGUCCUGGGUCAAUUACAUCUACUGGCGAUGUGCCUGGCUUUUCUUCUCUCUGCGCAAAGGGGGCCUGCGGCACGAGAACGCCAAACUUGAGAGAAUGUGGGGUCAAGUCGAUGUGGACAUAUUGCUCCUGGAAUAUGGCGUGCUCGAAAAGGCAGAUCUGGAGGCCCUGUAUUGUACAAGUUAUUCAACUCUCGCAGGCUUGGUAUCUUGUAAGUGGCUAUACGGGUCGGCCCUGCUCAACAUGUUCUCUGGGAUCAGGCGCGAUAUCGGUAAAGAUCAGUUCAAUCAGCUCAAGAGGGCCGUCCAGCGAGCUGAUACGGCCAUGGGGAAAUACCUCUUGGCCUGCGUCAACAUGGACGCUGUGGAGUGGAACGCCCGACGGCGCGCUGCUUUCACUGCGUAUCGGCACGUCGAGGAGCACUUGCACCAUUACGCGAGUGCUUCGCAACUGAGAGAAUUCCUCAAAUUACGGCAGUCGCCACCUCCGCCUUCGGCCGAGUUGUUGGAGGAAUCCUUGGCUGAAAAGGGGGCACAAGAGCGGACUAUGCUUAUUAGAGCUUCGAGACACAUGGAGCUCGACAAGAGCGGCAACAAACCUGAUUGGGUUCGGAAUCGAGCCCAGCUGGCCAGGUCGGUCCCCAAUCGAUGGCCCAGGUGGGAGUCUGCCGGGAUUGACAGGCUUCAUGCUCGUUAG